CGAUUCUUUUCAUCUAUGUGUUAAAUUCCCUUGAUCCUUGGCCUUGCAAACAUCUCUGUCUUCCUGCUAGUUCCGCAGCUUCUCCAUGGCUGAGUCAGACUUGGAGGUGAAUCACGUCAUGAAGCACUUCCUUCCUAGCCGGGCCCACUCCCCCCCCAGCGGAGAACCGUCAUGUGAUCGGGUGGUGGGGGACGCCACUACCCGCCCACUCGCCUCAGGGAGACACUCUUUCUUCCGCCAAAUCACACCAGAUAGAACCUCCAGGGACUCCUCUGCAGAGUCGGACUCACUGUUCAGGUUCAGCCUGGGCUCCAUGGACCUGCCACUCAGCCCAUCACGUCCUAAGAGUCCUUGGGGCCACUUUGACCCCUACGAUUCAGUCGAGGACCAAGAUAAAGAAUAUGUUGGUUUUGCAACGUUGCCAAACCAGGUACACAAAAAAUCAGUAAAAAGGGGCUUUGACUUCACAUUGAUGGUAGUGGGAGAAUCCGGCCUGGGAAAAUCUACUCUUGUCAACAGCCUUUUCCUCACAGACCUAUAUAAGGACAGGAGGCUUUUCCGUGCAGAAGAGAGAAUCACACAGACUGUAGAAAUCACUAGGCGCACGGUCAACAUUGAGGAGAAAGGGGUGAAGCUGAGGCUGACCGUGGUGGACACACCAGGAUUUGGUGAUGCUGUCAACAACAAACAAUGUUGGCAGCCUGUGGUGGAUUACAUUGAAGAGCAAUUUGAGCAGUACUUCAGGGAUGAAAGUGGCUUAAACCGCAAGAACAUCCAGGACAACCGUGUGCACUGCUGCCUCUACUUCAUCUCACCCUUCAGCCACGGCCUCAGGCCUAUAGAUGUAGAGUUUAUGAAGGUUCUACAUGAGAAGGUCAACAUUGUGCCAGUGCUGGCGAAGGCCGACAGCCACACCCCAUAUGAAAUGAGGAAGAAAAAAUUUAAGAUACGGGAGGAGAUGGAGCAGCAUGGAAUCAAGAUCUACCAGCUCCCGGACUGUGACUCAGAUUCAGAUGAAGACUUCCGACAGCGUGAUCAGGAGCUAAAGGACAGAGUCCCUUUUGCCAUAAUUGGUAGCAACAUGGUGGUGGAAAGCAUGGGGCGCCAGGUUCGAGGGCGUCUGUACCCCUGGGGCAUUGUGGAAGCGGAGGAUCCUGCCCACAGCGAUUUCCUGAUGCUACGCGACAUGCUGGUGCGCACUCACAUGCAGGACCUGAAGGACAUCACCAGGGAGACACACUACGAGAACUACCGUGUGCAAUGUAUCCAGAACAUGACCCGAAUGGCGGCUGGAAGGAGGAGGCGCAUUAGACUGAUUCAGGACAACAGAGCGGACUUUCCGAUCCCCUUAACGUCAUGCUCCACGGACAGCAACACAGAGAGACUCGUUUGCGAGAAGGACCGGGAGGUAAAAAUCAAGCAAGAUCCUGUAAGAGGAGGCUUCUGGCCCAGGUACAGACUGGGAAAUGUGAACCAGGGAACCUUUCGGAUGUGAUUAGUAGUAUCGCCUGCAUCGGUAUUGAUAGACUUACUGGUGUCUUAUCCGAUUCACAGAUGAGGCGGAUGCAGGAAGGACCACACAGGAUCAAGGGACAGAAAGAAGCUCGUUAGCCAAUGCCACCUAUUUUCAAUCGCUUUCCUGUCCGAAACACAACAUUUUGUUGGGUGUCUGAGAGCGUCCAUGUGAUCUUUAUCUGCAGAGUGAACAUCCUCUGUUCUUCGCAGGCUGGCACUAAUUUCAUGUUACACUCGUCCUAAAUGCAAAAAGGAGGCAGGGCUGAGGGGGCUUGGCGCAGGGGGGGCUUCUUUAUGCUGCUUUCACAAAGCCUGGGUUCCGGCUGCCGAAGUUAAUCCUGGAAUAUCAUGUCCCUCACUAUCUGAAAGUAUAAUGAGAAACCCGUGACUGAUGGUAGCAGGGAGCUAUGCAGGUGUGUUUGUAUGUUACGUAGGCGCUGAUGUUAAAAAAUGGAAACCUCAAGCAAGAGAAAAAUAAGAUUGUAAGAUCUGAUUUAUUUGUGACCUAUAGAUGCAGAUGGGUUUGCAGCUGAAAUGUCCUGGGAGCCCACAAUUUGAGAGACAAAGCACCCU